AAGUCUAAGCAGUUUAAACAUUUCCCAAGAAACUCUUUCUCUGCUGCAUAACAAUGGAUGUAGUUACAAGGAUGGUUGCUGACAGGCCAGUGGUCAUCUUUAGCAGGACAACUUGUUGCAUGAGCCAUACCAUCAAGACUCUCAUCAGUGGGUUUGGGGCGAACCCGACGGUUUACGAGCUCGAUGAAAUUCCGAAUGGGCAACAAGUUGAAAGGGCACUGCAGCAGAUGGGGUGCAAUCCCAGUGUACCUGCUGUUUUCAUAGGGCAACAGCUGGUUGGAGGUCCUAACCAAGUCAUGUCCCUUCAACUCAGGAACCAGCUUGUCCCACUGCUCAUAAGGGCUGGAGCAAUAUGGAUUUGAAAGAUAAAAGUAAACUUUCAUUAACUCAAAAUUCAACACCAUGCAAGCUACUAAACAAAAAUAAAGUUAUAAAUGGCUUUGUUAUGUGUUUCCCUAUUAUCACCAUCCUUGUACACCAUUUUUGGGGCUGAGUAGGGUCAUAGUAUUUUCCUUGUACUGAUCUUUAAUUAAGUGGAACUUAUAUUUUAACUUGCUUAUGUAACAUCCCAUGUCUAUGAUAAAUAAAGGUGUAUAUAUAUA